GCUAGUAUAUUGUGCCAAGGAUAGAGCGACAGGGAAGUUCCAGUCUAUUUCUGAUUUGAGUGGUAUUGUUGUUCCCCUCAAUCGUCGUCAUGGCAAUAAAAUUUUUAAUGCCAGUCUUGUUAAAGUUAUGUCGAUCACAAAUAUCCGGAUAUCCAGAAACACUGACAUACCAACACACACACCAAAAACUAUUACCUCCAUUUUUCAUGGAGGUAAAUAUAACGUCCAUGAAUAUCGAAUAUUUCAUGGAGGUCAUAAAGAAAUAAAAAAUAAAAUAAUUAGCUAAUAAUGUAUUGACGAAUAUAAGUAAUAGAAUGAGGUUCAAGUAGCAAACAACAAAGUGUAAGCCAAAUUAGAAAAAUGUAGAGUUAUUCAUGGAAUUAGUUUAACUGUGAGACUUGAGUGUAGAAAAAUAGCUCGAGGGACUCAGUUUUAAAGUCUUAUCCCAGUCGUUUGAAACCGUGUGACCCCGUACAUGAUGGUAAAUUGCAGGUUGGUUAAUGUUUGCAUUAAUAAGCCUUGUUCCAGGGAUAUUGUAGAAACGUAUUUCCUUUCGUGGUCCAGAUGCUCCGAUGGAAAUGAUUGGUUAACAGCAUCCUGGAAAGAUGCAGAAUGCGACGAUCUGGCAAAAUUCCCGCCAUGUCUGAGUAUCGGCAAAUCCGAGUUAACUACGUUCCCCCCCAGAACAUCAGCUCCGACAGCGAUAUCAACACCAGUGCCGACAUCAUCCUCACAGCAGCUUGUCAUUACCUCAAACGAAAGCAGACCAACAGCUGGAAAUGCGAUCACCUUAUCACCCCGCAGAGUUACUCCAGGUCCAAACUUGUUCUCUGUCAGUGAACAUCCUAAAAACAACCAAAGGAGACAAAGAACUAUCGGAACAAACAUGAUAGUAGGGAUACUUGUUGGAGUAGUGAUACUGAUCGCGAUUGUGGCCUGGACUGUUCACGUCUGCUCCAAGAUGAAGGCAGAAGCGGACGUUGUUGUUGUCCAGAUCUAAUUUCUCCUUAACGUCGGGAACUUUGGUUGAGCGUUCUCCUUAUUUGGUACGUAUCUACAUUGUAGGGAUCACAUAUCGGAGACUGACAGUAUCGCCACUACAACCCUUCCCACAACAUCUGACUGGUUUGGUGACAUGGCGACGGUUAGAGGUGAGGUGGUGUAAGUUUAUUGUCAAGGUCAGGAUAUCAGGAAGCUACAUCGUCAGCAUUACAUUACUCAUCAUAGACCAUCCCAGUGACGUCAUCCUCGAUUUUCUCCAGCAAAUACAUCCUCAAAACUACUACCGACGGAACAACAUAGAAUCAUGAUUAGAGACACGUCGAAAAAUACUGUUGAUUAAAACAAGCAAUGAAGUAUAUGUUAUAAAGUAUAUUAUGUUGUAUCUAUCAUGGUCUUAUUAAACGUGAUAUUUUACAAUA